AUGGACAACCCCGACCAUGAGCACAAGUCGGUCGCCGCGCCAAUUCAAGAUCCAUCUUGUCCAGCACUCGAGCAUGGCGAACAAUGCUCCAUUCAAACAGAGGAAGAGUUGCCCGAAUUGAUACUGCCUCAAAGUUCCCAGUCCCAGACCCUUCAUGAUCCUUCCCAACCUCUAGUCGAAGAGCUGAAGUGCUUAGAUCAAGACUCUCUCCACCUCUCGCAGCCGGCUGCCCAAAUGUUGAGAUUCUACUCCAUGUUGUGGGAGUCUUAUUCCGCUAAGAAAGCCCACAGCCAGCGGCUUGAAAAAGAGAACGAGGCGCUACGUGCCAUCAAUAUAAAUUUAUGCCAAGAACGAGAGUCUCUAGAAUAUCGACACGCCAACCAGGAAGCCUUACUUGUCUACUUUGAGGACGCCUUUGAAAACGUUCGGCGUGGCAUCCUUGGUGUUCUUAAAGACUGGGAAAACUGCUCUCCUGAGCUUGUGCCGGAGCGUGAUUCUACCCACAGCAAUGGUGGCGAUCCACAGUUGGCUUAG